AUGUCGCCGCCGUGCUCCCGUGGGGCCCUUCCUGGGGCCGUCCUCCUCCUCCUCCUCCUCCUCCUCCCGCUGCUCUGCGCAGCCCCCGAUGUUUCACGGGGAAAUAAGCUUAAACUGAUGCUUCAGAAACGCGAAGCCCCUGUUGCCACGAAGCCGGAGGUGUCCGUGAAAGAAACGGCGGCCAAGGAGUUCCUAAGCAGCCUGAGGCGCCAGAAGCGGAAUAGGAAAAAUAGGAAAAGUGGUUUUAUGCAUCAGAAAGUGAAAACUGGGGGCAAAUACCAAGAAAUAAGGAAUAAGGACAAACCACGUAAUACGAAUAUUAAAGGUGCUCAGCAUGUGUUUCGGUUGAAGGCGCUCUCAGUUGAAGCACUUGGCAGUGGGCAGAGGGCCUGGGUCCCAGGUGGGGCUGGGCAGGACAAUCCCAGCCCUCGGGGCCCUGGUGAUCCCACAGAGAAGAAAUUUGAAGAUGACAUGUCCUACUGGACAAGCUUAGGGCGCGCUCGUAAUGAGUACUACGGUGGGUACUACCAACACCACUACGAUGAGGAUUCACCAAUUGGCCCGCGAAAUCCACACACCUUCAGGCACGGAGCAGGCGUCAACUACGAUGAUUACUAA